UAACAAAAAAAAAUACAGUUAUUAUCAGUCCCCGCUGUUCCGAUAUUUCGGCAGUUUAUUGGGCAGUUCGAUCGGUGGAGCGUGACGCUCUCCCGCCCUUUCUCUUCGUCUAUCUCCGCAGCUCACUCAUGGUGAUCGGGAUUCGUUUAUUUUGUGGACAGCGAGUUCUAUAAUGGAAAUAGUUAAAAGAAAAAGCUGGACAGGGACGCCAGGACGAACCCUACGGAUUGGCGGUUGGCUAGGUUACGCUAUCGGCUUCUUUCUUCCUCUCAAAUUGCCCCAUAAAUCUUGAUUCAUCCGCAGCCCUAUUCAUUUCCUUGUCUUCGAUUCUAUUCACCUUCUGCUUCUGAUUUGAUUGUAUCGAAGAAUUGUUCAGAGUACAAAGGGAGACGAGUUUGGACGCUUCCGGCCUCGUCGUUGCUGUGGCAUCUUCAGCAGCCGUACCGUCUCUAAUUGCAGGGGCACAACUUGGAAAUGAGAACUAGACCAUUUACUGCUGGUAGAUGAAAAUGAUGGGUCCUCGAUCAACGUGGAAACUGUGGCAGAUUGGAAAGGUUCACUUGUAUGGAUGCUCAACUUUACUGGCGUGAUAGCCCACAUCUCCUGCUAAAUGUUUCUCUGGGCACUAUAUGUGGUAAUUAAAAUUCUCCAUGGCGCCCCUAUUUCUUUGUUAUACUCCUAGCAUAAAAAAAGAGAAAUUUUCGUCAACUUCUAGUUAUCAAAACUUCAUGUUAUUGUUCAUUUAUUUAGUAUUUUCAUGUUCAUAUUUCAGUAAAUAUUCCUUUUUUGUUCUAUAUCCAACAUUUUAACAAUAAAUUUAGUAGCAGUGAUGCAAGAUCCUGAAUCUCCUCUCUCUCGCUCUCUUCUUUUCUCCAUGUGUGUGCUCAUUUUCUGGAAAAACAGGGAAAGUGAAAACAACGUUUAAAAUUUUAUAAUUCCAACAUUGAAGAGCUGCUAAUGUAAGUAUGAUCAUGUGUUGCACUUGAUCGUUUGUCUUUUCAUAUUUGAUGUGAUAUAUCUAUAACAUUAUGAGACGUUCAACCUCUAUAAUUCAUCUAUAUAUAAGUUUUCCUUUAAUUAAAAAGAGAAUUUUCAUUUUCAUAUUUCAGCAACUCUUCCUUUUUUGUUCUAUAUCCAGCAUUUUGACAAUAGAUUUACUAGCAGUGAUGCAAGGUCAGUUUCUCUCUCUCUCUCUCUCUCUCUCUCUCUCUUCCCUUUUCUGCAUGUGUGUGUGCUCAUUUUCUGGAAAAACAGGGAAAGUGAAAACAACGUUUAGAAUUUAAUAAUUCUAACAUUGAAAAGCUGCUGAUGUAAGCAUGAUCAUGUGCUGUACUCAUUUAAUGAACUUACAGCUAGCACGGCCUUUAUGUACAUUACAGCUAGCAUGGGGUGGAAUUGAACCCACUAAUUCAAUGAACUUCACAUAUAUCAAUUUUUUUGACAACUAUGGAUCUUGACUCCGCCACUGACAACUAAUGAUAUGGUUGGACCACGCGCAUGGUUUGGAGGAUUGUUUUAUCGAAAUAGCCAUAAACGUUGUGGUAAUUAUGAAAAGACCAACGGGUAUCCUCUCACCCCUCUCCAGGAACAAAGGCUGCAGAGGCUCAAGGACAGAUUGAACGUCCCUUUUGAUGAGACUAGGCCUGAUCAUCAAGAUGCCCUCAAAGCCUUGUGGAAUGCUUCUUUUCCAGAGACAAACCUUACAGGUCUUGUCUCUGAGCAAUGGAAAGAUAUGGGGUGGCAGGGUGCGAACCCAUCAACUGACUUCAGGGGCUGUGGAUUUAUUUCCCUUGAGAAUCUUUUAUUUUUUGCAAGAACUUAUCCGGAUUUUGUUCAAGCAAGAAGGUAUACGAGCUGCAUGGGAGUACCCAUUUGCUGUUGCUGGCAUCAAUAUUUCUUUUAUGCUGAUCCAAAUGUUAGAUCUUUAUUCAGAAAAGCCAAAAAAUCUUCGAGGAGCAAAUUUUAUAAGAAUUCUCUCAGUUCUUCUUUUUCCUUGUUAGCAGAAGAUGAAGAAGCCUUUGAUGUAUUAUACUGUAUAGCAUUUCAGAUGAUGGAUGCACAAUGGUUGGCUAUGCGUGCUUCCUACUUACAGUUCAAUGAGGUGUUACAGGCUACGAGGAUUCAAUUGGAAAGAGAACUCCGUCUGGAAGACGUCCAUCGAAUUCAGGAUUUACCAGCCUACAACCUCCUGUACAAAUAGAUUGAUAAAAAGCUCAUUUAAAUUUUUU